AUGGCGACCAUGAACCCGGAUUCAUUUGAAAAGUAUCGCGGCUAUGCCAUUGAUGUCCGGACCCGCGCCGUCAUCACGUUUAUGAAAAACAAGACGAAGUAUGGGUAUACCGCCAAUCCUAACGCUGAAGCGGCCCGGGUUGCCGUCAGAGACUGUAUGGACCGGGUCCCAGAAGAUGGCGCGCAAGAGAUUGUCGUGCCGCAGCCGGUCUCCACAGGCACAUCUGCCAUCCGCGCAACGGCCUUAUCUAGACGCUUUCAUGGGGCCGACUUUCUCAUGGACUGCGAAAUUGUAGCUGACAAGCUGGCUCUGGAUCGCCACGGCGAAGCAGCGCGUGAUACUCUCAGUCCCGUAUUAGUCUACCCCCCCCAACCCCCGAAUGGGCCGGACUUCAUAACGGUUUUCGGCAUGAAUACCACACCACGGCCCCCGGCGGAUGAGAGGAGCUGGCAGAUGGUGCACAAUCAAGUCUUCAAAGCCCUAGAACCCGUGGAGGCCAGGUACAUUCGUGAAUGCUUGCACCAUGGCCGCACCGACAAGAAUCGAAAAGAUCCAAAUCGCAUAGCGGCCCGAGAGAAGCUGAUGAGUCAUGCUAAAUUCAUUGACAAAUAUUUCAAUGUCGCCGAAUUCAUUUGCUUCAACUUUAACACGGCGCACGGGCAAAACAGCUAGAGUCACACCGACCAUUCAUGGAGGGACAAUUGGCACACCCUCAGAGGUGAGGUAACAGCCCAAAUAUUUGGAAGGCCCGCCGACAAUAGGCGUCCUCUUUUCCAUGACUACGUAAGAUUGUUUGCGCGGACAUGCCAGCUGUACAACUGGGGGGCUCAGACAGAAACGGAGUGGAAUGGGGAAAUGCAACAACUGGAUCAGACCAGGUGGGACGUGCUCAGGUUUGCCUUUAUGCUCUGGGUCCACCGGGACAUACACGCCGGUAAUCUUGCGACUUCCUAUGUUAUAGACCCGGCAACGAAGAAUUUUGUCCGGAAGCUGCCAAAAGAUGUAAAGACUAUAUCCUUUGGAACGAGUUCAACUGGAUCAUUCAACACGAUAAAUGGGUGCACGGUUUCCGCAACGAUCCCAAGCCCAAAGCUGGGUGGCUUUCACAAGCGCGCCGUGAUGCUUAUAUGUUCCUUCAUCCUCGCCCGCUAGAACCUCCUAAAGGCUAUGCACUUCCUCCCAAAAGUCAAAAAUGGUAUCAACAGCAACAAA